AUGGACAGGCUUCAACAAGUAAUCGUACGUGGCAAUGAAGAUGAGCUAUAUCGCUUGAUUGAGCAAGAGGCAGAUCUCUUUGAUCGUGCAUUUGAGGACCCCGUCGCAAAUACUCCACUCCAUGACGCUGCGGACAUGGGGCAAACUCAAGUGGCCAUGGAGAUGGCCAUCUUGAAGCCGUCGUUCGCUCGAAAGCUCAAUCAAGGGGGUCAUAGCCCUAUGCACUUGGCUUUGCGAAAGAAGCAUUAUCGCACUGCAAGGGCACUAAUGACCCUCAACCCCGAGUUGAUCCGAGUCCGAGGACGAGGUGGGAUCACCCCUUUGCAUUAUGUCGCAGGGAAAAAGGAGACAGAGGAGGAGGUCCAGGCGCUCAUGGAGCUCUUGGCUGAAUUCUUAUGUGCUUGCAAAUCAUCCAUCGAAGACUUGACGAGCCGAUGCGAGACUGCGGUUCACGUUGCCGUCAAAAACCACAACCUCAGAGCAUUUAAGGUUUUGCUUGGAUGGCUUAAGCGAGUUCAUCUUAGAGAAAUCUUGGACUGGAAAGACCAAGAUGGUAACACCGUCUUACAUAUUGCUGUUUUAGAAAGGCAGCCCGAGGUAUGGUUCUUUGAUUUCAUGGUUGUUCUUGCUUUCAUUAUUUGAUCCUUGAAUUUGACAUAAUCUAAUCCAAGAACAAAUGUUAUGAUAAUGAAAUACCAGGAGUUGAAAGUACAUGGAUUUACAAACAUUGAUAGAGACGAGAUCUGAACUAUGU